AGCCGGUCGUGUUCUAGAGUCCCGGUUGCCGCGAGAAAGUUCCAUCGCACCUGGUCGGUAGCGUUGGUUUUACCGCCAACGGGCCAUUCAUUUUGAAUGGCCCCGGGUUUCAUAUAUUCUCUGGGCGCCCCGUAAUCUCCAUUCUUACCGGGGUUUAUAAAAUCUACCAUCAUGGCGCUCGUCGUCAAAUUAAAUCGGUUUAAAGUCUUGAAGUGUAAGUAUGAGAAGUUCGCGCGGCUCGACUUCAGAGGAUCCAACAAGUAUUCGUCAGUGCUUCUUUCUGCAGAUGAGAUCAUAUUCGUAAACCAGCGCUUCGAGUGGGUGGUGGUUCGACCCAUCGAUCCGGGCGAGGUGGUAACUCUUCACCUGUUGACUCGAGUCCGCUGGGGCGCACCCCGUGUGCUCGGGGUCUACCGACUUGGCCUCCAGAUAGUGGUCACAGAUGGCCAAAUAUCCGUUACCGACACACUCGUCGAUGAACGCAACAAACCAGUGCCGGUAUUCGUGGACAUGGAUGUAUACUACAAUCCUCCAACUGGAUCCCUGCGUGGGGAUCCAUUCUUCAGAGCUGAAAUGAGCCCCUUUAAGGGAUCGUCAUGCAACAUACCAAUGGUGCAUGGCGCUGGUCCUUCUGGUGUUGUGCCAGUUCAUGGAGCUCAUGCCUCUGGAUAUGCUUCGACACCGGGCUCGUCCCGUGGUUCCUUAGCUGGAACCUCUCCUAAGGAUUCUGAUGAUAACGUCUUAGACGACGUGGAACGCAAUAUUGCGUCCAUUGAACAAUCCAUUCGUGACAAGGAAGUGACUAUUGAUAUGGACUGCUUAGAGGAAUCUCGCACUCAGAAGUUGAAGACUGCAGGAAAGCGGUUUCUCAAGCGCGGAUUCACUCUGGGCAGCGAAAAAGUGGUGAUAGAAAUGCCUGAGCGCAAAUCGCGCCCAUCAACAUUGAAAACCGUGAGGACAUUGAUGCGCCUCGGCAAGAUCCGCCCUUCCCGCUGCAGCAGCGAUGAGGAACAAGGCCUUCUAGAGACACCAGGACCUUCAUCAGAACCCGACCGUCCAAUAAGCCAGAUAUCAGUCUCAUCUGAUGAAAUGCUUGUUGAUGUACAUUCACCGAGCGAAACGCGCAAAUUCAAAAGGAUGCGCACUGUAAUGGACACUGGCGUACCAUCAGCGCUGAAGGCAGCAGAUUUCCAAGUCUGCGUGACAGUGAUCGAGGCUCGUCAGCUCGCCGGCCUCAACAUGGACCCCGUAGUCUGUGUACAAAUAGGCGACGUACGAAAAUACACCAGCGUGAAAGAAAGCACGAACUGCCCAUAUUACAAUGAGUACUUCGUCUUCGACUUUCACAUGCCGCCUAUCAUGCUGUUCGACAAGAUAAUUACUCUUUCGGUGCUGCAAUCCCGAAAUAUUCUUCGUGCUAAUAAGCUGCUCGGCAGCUUCAAGUUGGACGUGGCGACAGUGUGGAGUCAACCCGAUCGUCAAUUUUUCCACAAGUGGGCUUUACUGACUGACCCUGACGACGUCGGAGCCGGAGCCAAAGGCUACCUAAAAUGUGACAUAAGUGUCAUUGGCAAGGGGGACGCGAUCAAAGUACCUCCAAAAAGUGAAAAAGAUGAAGACGACAUUGAGGCAAACCUGCUUCUACCUGAAGGCGUUCCAAUAGAGCGCCAGCGCGCCAGAUUUAUCGUGACGAUACAUAAAGCUGAUGGUCUGCCCAAGAUGAAUUAUUCACUCCUAGCUAACUUCAAGAGAGCAUUCACUGGAGAAAGCCAGGACUUGGUGGACCCAUUCGUGCAAGUCUGCUUCGCUGGAAUGACAGGUUCGACGUCGGUACGCAAGAACACAUACACUCCAGUGUGGAAUGAACAAAUUGUUUUCACGGAGAUGUUUCCUCCGCUGUGCCAGCGUAUCAAGCUACAACUGAGGGAUAAUGUCCCCGUGAACCCCAACGUAAUCGGAACACACUUCAUCGAUCUCAAGACUAUUUCAAACGAUGGAGACAGAGGCUUUCUGCCGACUUUCGGGCCCGCGUACAUCUACAUGUACGGGUCCACUCGCGACUACAGCCUGCUGGAUCAGCACGCUGGCCUCAACAUGGGCAUGGGUGAAGGUGUCUCCUACAGAGGAAGACUCCUCGUUUCAAUUCGAACGGAGAUAAUAGACGGCAUCGAGUGUCCUCUGUCAGAUGUCGAGGUGGAACCGAUUCCACCAAUCAAUGAAUCAAGCUUCGAGAAGAAUGACGAGUUCUUCCUCUUCAGCAGCAUCUUCGAAGCCAACAUGAUUGACAAACGUCUCACUGAUAAAGCUCUGCAAUUUGAACUAAGCCUUGGAAAUUCUGGGAACUCCCUGGAUGGGCACAACGAGUCCGUCAAACGCCCACACGACUUAGAAGGUGAUCUAGAUGAACUUUGCGCCGACACUGGGUACUGGCAGAGUACCACUCAACCAGCCAAAGCAGCGUCUACGGACAAGACUUACUACUACCUUCCAUACUGGGACCACAAACAAUGCAUGCACAUACGCAGCAUAUGGCCAGACCAUCGCCGCCGCAUGUACAAUUCUAAUCUGAUUGCUAAUAUCAUCGACAAAUAUGAGGAAGGUUUGGCUGAUGCUCAAGCAGCUAUCGAUGUGGAGAUACAUCCAGACAGCUCCAGUGUGCUGAUGCUCAAAUCAACGCUGGAGAGCCUCAGUAGCGCUUGCAGUGCCUAUGUCCGGCAUAUGACCAACGCGCCACCUCUCGGACACACUAAGCUCGACAAGGAACGGCAGAAACUCUGCGUCUAUGAAAUUGAACAAAUUGCAGCCAUGGCUAAAAGCUUGAGGGCUUUGAUCACGAAACACUCAAUAAAGGAGCGAUUACGCACCGCCUACUCAUACCUGAACAUGCUGAAACAUCUCUGCGAAGAUGCCCAGCACGCAUUGCCAGAUAUAUUCAUCUGGCUGAUCAGCAACGGCAAGCGACUGGCAUACCAGCGCAUCCCAGCCAGAGAUAUUAUCUACUCAGACUUCGCAGACGAGUCCGGCAAAUAUUGCGGCAAGAUGCAAACGCUAUUCCUCAAGUGGCCAGGGAAAAAGUCAGCAUCACCUAGCGGAUGGUCUAUACCAGCGAAGAUCAGCGUCUACCUGUGGUUGGGUAUAUUGCAACACAAGAAACAUUACAUUGACGGUCUGCCUCAGGGAUAUGAAGUUAGCUCAGAGCUACGCAAUGCUGAUAAGCUACGAUCUAACGCGCCAUCUACCAUAUUUUAUGCUGAAAAACAUAAUUUCCAAAUGCGAGCUUAUGUGUACCAGGCCAGGUCACUAAUUGGAUCUGAUUCUUCGGGUCUUUCCGACCCAUUUGCACGAAUUGUGAUUGGAGAAAGUAGCGGAACUACACAAGUUAUUGACGAAACAUUGAGCCCAACAUGGGACGAAUUACUUGUCUUUGAUGAUGUGCUGCUCUACAGCACCAUUGAACGUAUCAAAGCUGAUCCUCCAACAAUAGUCAUAGAGAUUUUUGAUCAAGACAAAGUCGGCAAGUCCGAAUUCAUCGGCCGUACAUUGGCUAAACCACGGAUAAAAUCAUAUGAAGAUGUCCAAGGUGGCUCACAGAAUACACCGUCUUUGGAGUGGCAUGAGAUCACACGAGGUGACGAUCGAGCUGGGGAACUAUUGGCUACGUUCGAACUUCUCGAAAUACCACCCAAACAAGAUUCAUCCAUACUUCCUAAUCUGCCUUCACCGAGAGAAGCAAACGGGAAGCCGCCCAUUGAUAUAAACAAAGGCCCAAUACUUCCUGUACCAAGAGGAAUUCGCCCAACACUGUCUAAAUACCGCAUUGAAGUAUUAUUCUGGGGGUUACGUGAUUUAAAACGUGUUCACCUGCUGACAGUGGACCGCCCUCGCGUCGAUAUUGAGUGUGCAGGCAACAUUCUGUACUCAUCUGUGAUACAGAAUGCGAAACGUAAUCCCAACUUUACAAACCCCAUCAGGUUUGUUGACGUAGAACUACCGGAACAAGACUUGUAUAGACCACCUCUAACUAUCCGUGUGGUUGACUGUCGCAGCUUUGGGCGCAUUACUCUGGUAGGCACCCACACUAUUAAUUCUAUACAUAAAUAUAUUUACACUCCAAUGAGCAAGCGUGAGAGGGACAUUGAAGAAAGAAAAAAAUCCCUAAUUCCAUUACAAAAUGUUGAUCUACGAGCCAACUGUAUCGUACCGGAUGACACUUUUACUAUUGAGAAUGAAAAAGAAAGCUGUCCAUUACUGACACGCGAAGGAAGGGGUGCUGCCUCCUAUGGCUCGGGCAUAAAGCCUCAAGUAAUGCGCAAGAAAUUCACUAAACGUGAGUCGAUGAAGAAACGAAAAGCUAGCACUGAUUCUGCUCUUGAUGACGAUGAAGGAAGCAAGGAUUGGUGGACCAAGUACUUUGCUUCGGUAGAAUCGAUGAUUGAGGAAGAAAAAGAGGCUAAAAGAGAGAGGCAGGGCUUCUUGCAGCCAUCUCAAGCACAUGGAUCGUCGGAUAUGCGGUCACCGAGAUCUGAAGAGAUACACUCGCCGAGAGCUGAUCGUGACAGAGAAAGAGAUAGAGACCGCAACCGAAGACGACAGCCAACGUCACCGAAACCAAAAGUCAGUCCGACUUUAAAGAAAAACGAGAUACCGCGUUCAGCACUGGCUAAGAUUUACCCACAUGAGCUGGAAGCCGUGCCUGAGUAUGAUGAAUUCAAGGAAUGGCUUCAUUCCUUUGAACUGUACAGGGGAAAGAAGACCGGAGACGACUCUGAAGAUGAGAACCGAGUUGUUGGCGUGUUUAAAGGAGCUAUCAAAGUAUACAAAUGGCCUCUUCCACGUGGGAUUGAUGACCAUACCGUAAUGGGAUUUGAUCCCAAUUAUGGAUUCUUCCAGGGCGUUCCCAAUAAUGAACCCAUCCAUGUGCUUGUACGCGUGUACAUUGUCAAGGCUACUGAUUUACAUCCAAUGGAUCUCAAUGGCAAAGCUGAUCCCUACAUAGUGCUGCAUCUCGGAUCAAAGAGGAUCAGCGAUAAAGAGAACUAUGUGUCCAAACAACUGAAUCCUGUUUUCGGUAAAUGUUUUGAAAUUGAGGCAACGUUCCCACAAGACUCACUUCUGACUAUCCAAGUUCUGGACUGGGAUCUACUCGGCGCUGAUGAUCUUAUCGGUGAAACAAAAAUCGACCUGGAAAAUCGAUUCUACAGCCGUCACCGUGCCACAUGUGGCCUCCCGAUGAAGUAUGAAGAACAAGGCUAUAACCGCUGGCGUGAUGCUAUGAAGCCAACGCAAAUUCUAGCUAAACUUUGCAAAGACGGAAAAUUGGACCCCCCUGUCUACGAAUAUGGUCGAGUUAAGAUAGGGCGUACGGUCUUCAACAUGCACAUGGAGGAUACUGAGCUGUUCUCAAAUCCUGACACAGUAGAGGAACAAAUGGCUCUGCUGGUACUGCGUCGCUGGCAGGAGGUCCCUAGAGUGGGAACUAGACUGGUGACUGAACACGUUGAGACACGUCCUCUCUACAAUCCAAGCAAACCAGGGAUUGAACAAGGGCGCUUACAGAUGUGGGUGGACAUGUUCCCGAUGGACAUGCCCCUGCCAGGCCCACCUAUGGACAUAUCAGCUCGCAAGCCCAAGUCCUACGAGAUGAGGGUCAUAAUAUGGAACACUGAUGACGUCGUACUCGAAGACGACGCGUUCUUUACCGGAGAGAAGAUGUCUGAUAUUUAUGUGAAAGGUUGGGUAAAAGGUCCAGACGACUGUCAGUCCACGGACAUACACUACCGCUCUCUAACUGGAGAGGGCAACUUCAACUGGCGCUUCAUAUAUCCGUUCGAUUACUUGGAAGCUGAAGAACGAAUCGUGAUCUCUCGCAAGGAGUCCGUCUUCUCGUGGGAUGAGACUGAGUGCAAAAUACCCGCGCGUCUCGAACUACAAGUGUGGGACGCUGAUCACUUCUCUGCUGAUGACUUUUUAGGCGCCAUCACUCUGGAUUUGAGUCGCUUCCCUCGAGGAGCUAAAUCCUCGAAGCUCUGCACGUUGGACAUGCUUCAAUUCGACGGCUCCGUGCCGAUGGUGAACAUCUUCAAGCAGAAGCGAGUGAAGGGUUGGUGGCCAUUCUACAUUAAACGUGACACUGAGGAGAUGGAACUGACUGGGAAGGUGGAAGCUGAGAUACAUCUCCUGACUCGUGAGGAAGCUGACAAGGUGCCUGCUGGCCUUGGACGCAACGAACCAGACCCCCUGGACAAACCUAAUCGCCCGGACGCUUCCUUCAUGUGGUUUUUGAACCCGCUCAAAUCUAUCCGCUACAUCGUAUGGCAUAACUACAAGUGGACCAUCCUCAAGGCAUCCAUCGUCUUCCUGCUAACUCUCAUGAUUCUACUGCUGGUGUACGCUGUACCCGGAUACACGGUGAAGAAACUCUUAGGAGCUUAAAUUAUACAACAAUACAGCUAAUGACUUGAAAUAUAUUCAAACUAGAUUAGGUUUCAAUUUUAUGUCUAGAUGAAUGUGCAAAAAAGUAAAAAAAUCCAUAAAAAUAUUUCAAUUCUUAUACACAUUUAACCACUUGAAUGUAACCAUAGAUUUAAUCAAUAAUUAUUAUUGUCUUAGGAUUAGAUUCAAGAAAUUAUUUUUUAAUAUUGUAUUUGAAUGUUAUUUUCUUAUACUUUUCAACUUGAACUACCAUAUCAUCUAUAUUUCUUUAAGAACUAUAUCUAUAGGUACUUGUAUCUACAAUUUAUAUCGGACUGUCUAUGUUCCACCUGCCGCCUACUAAAUUAAUCCUACUGUGUAAUAUUCAUUUCAUAUCUCAGUUUAACUACGUAUAUUUAUAUUUUUGAAUAUUCUAUGUGUUUUAGAUGAGUGGGGGGACUAUGAGCCUAUCAGUAAUGGUCCUCUUUGGCUACCAACAUCAGUUGGCCACUCUUGUAAAUGUCGCAGGCAAUUAGAAAACCUUUCCAUUUACAUGAGAUUCCGAUGACAGUGAAACAGCUGAACUACUGUUAUUGUUCCGAGACUACUUCUGACAAACGUGUCACCUCUUUGAGGAUGUGUGAAACAACACAUAUUUUAGACAGAUUCAGACCAAAUUGCGAAGAAGAUUCUUUAUCGAUCUCUCGACCUUUGAUCGAUAUUGUAUCUUAGGGAUGACGAUAGAUUAUCAAAUAAAUUCGAUCAUAAAACCGUUACAAAAUAACUUAUAGAUACGUAAACGAAACUGCAAAAUGGCUAGUUGUCUGCGACACAAUAUAGCUGUAUUAAGGGAAUAAAAACUCAAAAAAAAAUCCAUAUUUAUCCAUAGAAAUAAGGCCAUAUUUAACCAAACAUAUUUAACUCAUAUUACUAUAUGUAACCGUAGUAAUAAAACCACGUUUAACCAAUAUCUAUGUGUUAGAGAGCACUCAAUGUUAAAUUUUAAUCUUAAAUUCUACCACAUUGUCCACAAUCAUCGCCAUCGCGAUUACAGACUAAAUAGAAUAUAAAAUGCACAAUAGUAAUGAGGUUUGUUAUGGAGAUUUGAAAAGUAACUGGUGUCGAACAUCCUAGAAAAUAUUUUUGAUGAAAGUGUAAUCUUCUAUAAGCCAUCAGCACGAUUAGUAUCCGUUUGAUGUAAGAUUUAAGUAAAAUAUUACCUUGAGCCCUCAAUAUUAUAAAAAAACAAAUUCACAUUCCGAUAUUCAAAAUAAUUUUCCAUAACAUUCCUCACCCAGUUUAACACCCAAAAUAAAAAUAAUUGCCGUAGCAGAGUUACUUUCACUAUUGAUGUUUAGCAUUAAUAAUAUAAUCAAUCAAUAAUCAAUGUCUAAAAUAAUAAUUUGAAAAUAACUUUACCUGUCAAAUAUCUCACAUAUCGAAUGUAUUCACAUAUCAAAACGAAAAAAAAUCGCAGUUAAUUAAACAACGGGACAGAUAAAGUGACUUUUAACAGAUUGUUUAUAUGUGUAUUCAAUUAUAUUAACAAUUAUGUAACAGUAUUGAAUCACUUCAACAAUAUAUAAUAUAAUUUAGC